ACUGUUACCCUGUAUUUCCGGUUCUGCCCAAACAACAGUACAUAUUAUUGUAGCCGUUUCAUUUGCGACAUUAUUAUAUCGUCUUGUGCUCCUCCACACCAUGGCAGCUUUUGGUUUUAUGAUGUCGGUGUUCGCGGUGUUUCUGUGUCCUGGCGGAUCCAGAUUCAUCAUAGACCCUGUGUCAUCCAUCAAAGAUUUGUCUUUGGACAUCUGCUCAGAAUGCAGGCAGAUCAUUGAGCUCUCCACCAACAUGAUUUCCAGCAGAGACACGAAGGAGACCGUAUAUGGAACCUUACAUGCUCUUUGCCAGCAUCUUCCUGAGGAUCAGGCAUUAGAAUGUGAUUCAGAAGUGAAAGUGUAUUUAAUCAAACUCCUUCAGCAGACUCCUGGUCAUGUGAAAUCCACUGAGUCCUGUAAGGCUUUUGGACUUUGCGCUGUACGUAAAGAGGAACAGCUGCUUCAACUUCCCCAUCAUGACACCAAUAAAGAGCUGUCUAGUUCUGUACCUGGAACUGCUGAAAAUGUACAUGUUAGUGAGCUGUUCGGACCAGUUUGCUCCUUGUGUGUACUUGUUAUCAGGAAACUGGAGACUUUGUUGCCCCAAAACAUGACUGAGGAUGCUUUAAAGAAGCUCAUGGGAGAGGUGUGCAGCCUUGUGCCUCAGAGCUAUAAAGACGAAUGUGACGAUUUUGUUGACAAAUAUGGCGCGGAGAUUGUGGAAUUCCUCUUAUCAUCUGCAGCACCUCAUACAAUCUGCUCCUUGCUGCAUCUCUGUUUGUUUAAAGACCUGCCGGCUCCUGAGGUGUUUACCCCAUCAGACUGUGAGUCAUGUCGAACACUGGCUGUGCUGAGCCGACUCUACUUGGGUCUCAACUCCACUGAGCCUCAGACCUCGUCUUUCCUGCUGUCUGUGUGUGACCAACAUCCUAAUGCGAUCCCCAAGUGUGAGGCCUUCACCAAUAUCUAUGGCUCUCGACUGAAGAAGGUUUUGGGAAACCAGAUGAACGGUCCAGAUGCUUGUGAAAGAGCUGAUUUGUGUGCUGCCACAAAGAAGGUGGAGCUUCUGGGACAAAAUCGCUGUACAUGGGGACCAAGCUACUGGUGCAAAGACAUUGAAACUGCUCAGAAGUGUGGUAACCAGGCAUUCUGUGAGAAAUUCAUGUGGAAGAAGAAUGAGUGAGUCAAUGGCCUGUGCACAUAAACUGUUUCUUUUAUGAUAAAUUAUUACACUACUGUACUCCAAAUUAAUUUUAAAAUGUAUUGCACUGAUUUUUACUUUUUGAGGGACAGUUAAUUAUCAAUCAGCCAUAAAUGUUACACACAUACAUAAAUAUUGUGAUUUGCAUGAAAUCUUUGAAGACUGAGGCUGGGAUUCAGUCUGAAGCAUCCAAUCCUGCUGUGCUUAAAAGUUCUGUGAAUACUGUGAUUGUGAAUAUAGCUGCUUGUAUGUUAAAAGAAAGAAAUACAGUACAUAAUAAGAGGAGCACCCCAUAUGGAUUAAAGACUGUUUGGACAAGUGA